UGCCAACUUCGCUUCUUUUUCUUUUACCGGCAAUCAAGUGAGCCAAACCUCAAGUCUGGUCAGACCUAUUUUCGAACACGCUGAGUGAUAUGCACAGCUAAUUCUGAAAAUUGUGUUUUUUUACAUUUUAACAAUAAUGUCAGACAGCGGCGAUAUUUCGCGAUUAAGUGUCACCGGUUUGUUGCAUAGAACCGAAGGUUUUCGAAGAUGAUUUGACUGAUCCCGUCCUUUUUGACGCCCAUCGGACUACAGCCUGCAGCAGGUGGAAUAUCCUGCGUGUGUCAUUUUGUCAUUAUUUGAGUGUACUUGAGUAUCGAAAUCGCGAGCACCAAGUGAGUUGCAAAUCAAAACCCUUCUGUGCAAGGCAUGUUCUCCAAAGUAGAUUUGUUAAUACUGUGUCAUAUGUUUUUGUCGGCAAGGAUAACCUUUUCUUUUGUCAAGAGUGCUGAGCAUGGCGCAGGAAGAAACAAAGUUAACAAGAGAAGAUUUUGAUGCUGGUCCGUGUAGCUUUGAUGAGAUCGAGCCAGGUUUGUUCCUGGGUAAUCUCACGGCUGCUACAGAUGUCGACUGGCUGAAGGAAGCUGGAAUAACUCAUAUACUAACAAUAGAUUCAUGUCCAUUGCCAAGAAAGAUCCAGGAGCGUCUCCCGAAUUUAAUCAUAAAGUAUAUACAAGUGACGGAUAUGCCGCGAGAAGAUCUGCUAACGCACUUUGAAGACUCCUAUGAUUUCAUCGAUCGUGCCCUUGACUCUGAUGGCAGAGUAUUGGUGCACUGUUACUUUGGCGUGUCGCGAUCCGCUACCGUAGUGAUCGCAUAUACCAUGAAGAAGCACGAGUUGAGUUUCGCAGAUACGCUCCAAGUGGUAAAAUCAAAGCGUCGCUUUAUCGCGCCAAACCUUGGCUUCGUGGCGCAGUUGCGGCUCUACGAGGAUAUGAGCUACGGCGUCGACAGUACUAAUGUACAGUUCAAAAUGUAUCGAUUGCAGAUCGCCGCCGAUAAGGUGCGCAAAGCUCGCAUUCUUCCCCAGAGCUGCGUCGACUUGGUAAAGCCAGAUCCCGCGCUGACAACCGUGCGUCCCGAGCCAUCGGUUUAUCGUUGUAAGAAGUGCCGUCGCAUCGUAGCAAGCGCCAGCAAUAUUUUGCCUCAUGCGCCGCGCGAGAAGCAAAUCUGGCGGCAUAUCAGUGCCAAAAGCGCUCCCAAGGACGGCGAGAGCUGUGACAAAUUGAUCCAGAGGAGAGACGAGUCGGCGCGAGUCGAAUUCUGCGACAAGAUUUAUUUUGUUGAACCGUUGGCUUGGAUGCCCGAUAUUACACACACUGUUGAGGGUAAAUUAAAUUGUCCUAAAUGUAAUACAAAACUUGGUUCGUACAGCUGGAUCGCCGGCAGUCAAUGUCCCUGCGGUAGUAAGAUUGCACCGGCUUUUUAUUUGGUGCCAUCCAAGCUCGACUGGAGCAAUGUUGUGCAGAAUGUCCAAGUAACAGUAUAGUAUUAAGGAAUAAAAAAUAUGUUGGAAAUAAUACCAAAGCAAUUAACUUUGGAUGAAUUUAUGGAGAUGGAAAUAUUGAAUUUUGUAUUCGAUGAUAAAAUUUUCCAAAGGUUUUAAAGUUCUUGAUGUGCUAAGGCAAUACAAGUCAAGAAAGAUAACGUAAAAAUGUUAAAUAAGCGUUGAAUACUUUUUAGAUGUUAUAAUGUUUUGGUUGCCUUAUAGGCAUCCUUUUGAUGUUUUUUGAAUGUUUGUCUUGUUAAAUUCUAAUAUCAUAUUAUGGUCCAAGAUUGAUAUAGAUAUUGAUAUUUAUAACCCUCGGCAGGUAAUAUACAUCUUUUUAAGCUAUUAGAUUUUUUAAGUCUCAGUCAUUCUAUGUAAAAUAUCGUUCUAUGUAAAAUUAAGAAAAUCCAUUAAAAGAAGAAUUUUAAUCAUAUCACUUUAUGAAUGUGAGAUUUUUUACCUUUAAUUACACCAGCGUUUUAUGCUAUGAGAUUUAAGAAAACUUCAUAAUAUCUGCUGAGGGUUGAAUAAUGCAUUUUAAGAGUGAGAUAAAAUACGGAUACGAUCAAUAUGUACGCCGGUUGACUAUAUUCUAAUCCUGUGCCAAUAUAUAUUUCGAUAUGUGUACAUAUAUACAUGUAUUUGUUACAUAUAUCUAUAUGUUGUGUACUUUUCUGAUUAUAUAUAAAUAUGUAUAUAUCAGUGAGAAAACAUACCCGAAGACGUUCUCCGAUCUCAAUGUUUUUAUUGCACACGAUGCUGUCUUUACCGUCUAUACAUAUAUCUGUGUAAGGCCGUAAUUCCGUGUAGAAUACCGUUUCUGUAUUCUGUAUUUAAAAUAUUACAAUGUUCUAAUAUACUUCCUCAUAUAACUUAA